AUGGCCACCGAAGAUGGAAUGAAGUUCGCGGUCAAGCUUCGCCUUGAGGACGAGAGCGACUUCGAUCGGCUCUCGCAGGCCCUCUCGCUGCGGGUGAACAGUGACGAGGUUUACAAGGAUUACUUCUUUGACUUUACCUCGCGGCGUCUGAGCCACAACAGUGGCGUGCUGCGGCUUCGCGUCCCGGUUGCUGGAACAGAAACGGCGGCAACGACUCUCCCUUCGCUGACGUUGAAGGAGCGGAAUAUCGUGGAGAGAGGGGAUCAGAUGUACACCGUCCAUCAAGUACCUAAUCUGCCCGAGGAAGUCAAGGAGGAGCUUCUCGCAGGCAAGCCCUUCAUGGAGGUGCUGAGGCGAUGUUGCCACUGUUUGAAGAAGGAACAGGCCGCCAAAAUGAGCUCCAUCAUAAAAGGCUUGGAGGAUUCGGAAAAGACCCCCGGCGCGGCGGGGCCCAUUGAAAUAGUGGACUCGCUGAAGUCACACCGCCGGGUAUACGGUUGCGCCCUGGAGCCUCGCUCCGGGAAUGUGGCGGGGGCUAAUGAAUAUUCGGAGAGAACUGGAAUUCACAUGCUGGGCGGAACCAUUCGCUUAGAUGAGACGGACUUUCCCUUUGGAAAGAGGUACGAAAUUGAGGUGGUGGACUUUAACUUUCCUGUCGGAGACGUCCGAAAGGAAUUGGAGAGUUUCCUGCAUUUACACAAUAUUAACUACAGUGAGAGUUUGGAAAGUAAAUGCUCAACGUUCAUGAAGUACUUGGAAGGCUUUCAGUCGCACUCUGAGGAUAUCGCGGGAGUGCUGCUCCGCAUUUCGGGCGAUGAGGGCUACGAGGAGGCUGUCAGGUGGUUAGAAAAUAAGUGUAGCACCAUCGCUUUAAAUCCACAGACUGUGGGACUGACGCAGGGAUCCACCUACCCGUCAUCGCAGGCCGGCGCGGUCUGCAGUUACCUUUCAGGCCAGAGGGCAUUGCCGAUGUCCGCGCAUAGCGGGCAGGACAUCUUUUCGCAGUCGCUCCACCAAUGUUCACAGCUCUCCUCAGAAAGAGAGAUGAACCCUAACAGCAGCGUCGACGAACGGCAGAAGUGUGAAGAUUAUGAAGAGUAUCAGGAAAACUUCUACUUUGAUUCUUCGGAUCGCAUUUUGGACAGGCGUCGGUGCGAGAUGGAGUUGCGCUACUCCUCACAGCGCCAAGCGUUUAUGCUCUCCCUGAAGCAGAGCCAAAGCGUCGAGGACGGGUCUCAGAACGCCAACACACUUCGCGGUACACUCUCGGGCGACAUGGCUCGAGAGCUGCUACGUUCUCCAACAAGGUUCCUGAAAGACAGGCGAAGGGACAACUGUGUCGCCGAAGCCCUUUGGGAUGAGUUUAAUAUGCGUGAGUUGUUUGUAUUGGGCUUCUGCCAAACCAUGCGCCGUGGGUUUACGCGUCCUGUCACCGUGGACUCUCAGUUACGCUGCCUGCGAGAGAAGCGGCGGAGGCAGCCGUCAGACGACGACGACGUUGACCCUGAACCACAGCGGGGACGCCUGCAAACGGAUCUGCCGCCGUUAACCAUUCAUUUGGACAAUACACUGAUUGGCCGCAAGGAGCUGCUCAAAAAGUAUGUAGAAGACGCUGCCGAAAGCCCAUCCUGCACGAUUGCCAGCAGUCCGGCGCUCCCCAAAGGCAAGGAUGAGAAGAGGGUAUACGAGGUUGGGGUAAGUAAACUCCCUAAGGAGAUCCAGCAGGCCGUGAAAAAUUGGUUUCUUUCAAAAAUGCAUAAACUUGGGGUGGAGUGCGAGCUGGCCCGUCGCACAAAGCUGGAACAGUGCGUCGCUUCUCUGCCGAAGCAGUAG